CAAAAUUUGUUGUCCCAAACACUAUAUAAGCCUGGCUUAACACUGGCAGUUCACAUUUCAGGAAGAUGCCAAAAACGUUGUCGAUUCUGUAUCUUAUUAUCGUUCUAAGUACGAGAACGAUCCAAGCUCGCCAAGUGAACAAAUGUAGCCUGGCGCGGCAGCUUUAUCGCUAUGGUGUGCCCUACAACGAGCUGCCGGAUUGGCUCUGCCUGGUCGAGGGUGAGAGCUCGUUCAACACAAAGGCUAUUAAUCCAUCGAAUGUGGAUGGCUCCGUUGACUGGGGACUGUUUCAGAUUAACGAUCGCUACUGGUGCAAGCCAUCGGAUGGACGACCGUCCACAGAUCUGUGUCGCUUACCGUGUCGACUGUUGCUCAGCAAUGACAUAAGGUAUUCCAUUGCCUGCGCAAAAUAUAUCAGGCAGCAGCAAGGCUUUUCCGCCUGGGUGGCAUGGAAUAACCGCUGUCAAGGUGCGAAGCCAAAAGUAAACCGUUGUUUUAGACGAAAGCACAGGUAUUUUGGCUAAAACGAAACAGCAAUAAAAUGUGAUAUUAAAUUAACUGCUAAAUAAAAAUCGAUGCAUCAA